AUGACAGAAGCGGUAACCACAGAGCCAGACGCCACAGUAACGUUGUUACUUCUGGGCGACCCGGGUUGUGGGAAAUCCGUAUUCUUAUCUCGGCUGAAGAAUGUUCGGCGGCGGACGCAAGCUCAAACAGACUUGGACAAUACAGAAGCUCAGCCUGAUCAUCUCCGAGACAGCGACCAGCCAUUCAUUUACGAUAUUCAUUUUUCCAAGAAAAGCUUCACACUAGAAGUCUACGACACGUCUUAUCCUAACCAGCAUUGGUCGACUUUAAGCCCCAAUGUCGCUGUUAUAGCAUUCGACAUCUCAAAUCGAGAGACAUUGGCUGGGUUGAAGGAGUGGCGAAGCGAUAUAACACGCUAUUUCCAGCAUGGCUACGGUGAACGCAUCCCGGUGAUGAUGCUCGGGUUGAAAAGAGAUCUGAGAGAAGAGGGCGAGGGUAUCAUCUACCCACAAGAGAGCUAUCGCAUCGCUCAAGAACUUCGCUGUGAUAGGUAUGCUGAAUGUUCGGCUCUGACGGGUGAGCUACUUGGGGAGACAUUUGAGGAUAUUGCGAGGUUGGCGGGGAUGUCAAUUACGGACAAGGGUGGACAGACUGCCGGGGGAUGUAUUAACGUUGGAACGAGAAUCCACCUGGACAUGAAGGCUCUAGGCGCUUAG